GAACUUUGCACAGUCUUUCCGCCUUAGGAAUUGCAGCAGCUCGGCUGGCUUGUUUAUCGGUACGUCAGCGAUCUCCGAUCUUUUCUUCCUUCUUCCCAAAAGAUGUCAUUUGGCUGUUGGCUUCACCAAACCUUCCGUGUUGAUAAAGAUUGAUGAGCUCAAACCAUAGUUAGUUGUGGGUAGUCAUGAGACCACUCUGUAGGAGAUGCAAUGCAUAUGCAAUCGUUGGUGGAAACAGAAUCAACGCGAUAGUCGCUGUUUGGUUCCUUGUUGAGGCUCUCAAUGUCGCAAAUGCAUUUCACACGUUCUCAGCUACAGCGCGACCUCCCCUCCGAUCGCGGAAUCAUCAGCUUUGGGUUGUCAAAGCUUCUUUGGAACCUGACAAGACUUCAUCAGCUUCACGGUGGCUAGCCGAAUUUUCAUCAAGCUUAAUUGAAGAGGCUGACAAUAUUUUAAAGGUGGAUGCAUCGCCACAAGACGUUUCUACCAAAGACGAUUCCACCCAGUGGGGCUUUCAUGGCCAGGAGGAAACAUCCCGUCGGCUAUUCCUUGCGGCGGCUGCCUUUGGUUUAGGGGCAUCCCUCGAUAUCCCAUCGGCUUCAGCGGAAACUCUGGGCAAACUGAAGUGGGAGGCUACCCCUGUGAACAAGCGAACUGGAGUUACUGUGUUCGAUGCUGAAAAGGAUGGCUACAACUUGGCAUUUGUCACUUAUCUAUCAAGAUUUCUCCUGUGCUUUGAUGAAGACUGCCAACGAUGGUGGUACUCCAAGGCAGCUGAUAUACCAAGAUUAGCGAAAGCUCAGCAGAUCGAAUCCAUCCGAUUCCAACAAUUUGCAGCCUUCUCAGCUUCUGUCGAGGUUGGACUCCAAUUCUAUGGAGGUGGAACAGAAGGACCCAAGAAACUUUUGCGGAGUUUGAUUAAGAGAUACUGCCCAGAUAUGGAGACCAUUCGAGCGGAUCGGGAGUUGGAAGGAGCCCCGCCCUUGGGACCCAGUGCUGAAGCACAGAAAGAGCGAGAAACCAAAGAAGCUCGGCGGCAACUCACAAUUCUGUUUGGUCUCAUGGAGAAGAACCAGCCAGUCGACGCUAUUACAGCUCUGCUUGCAGCCAUAGACAAUGGCUCCGUCUCGUCUAUUGAUAUUGUCGAUCCUGGCGCUGGGUAUGCUCCCGGGUAUGGCGCGCCUUUUGUGCAAUUUCCUCCGCCUGAUGCUGGUCCCGACUACGAAACUGCCUUGGGGAGAGCCGAGCUGGUGCCCAAUGGAAGGAUCCUGAGGUUGGAUGUUGUCAACCGUGGAUUCGGGUACACCAAGCCCCCUAAAGUGACAAUUUUGCCUCCACAGGGAAUGCAGGAUGGCGCCACGAACGGUACAACAUUCAAGGCUGCCGAGGGACGAGCAGUUAUCUUCAAACUAGGUCCGAACAAGGGCCGGAUUGAUAGGAUCGUGCUAACAGACCCAGGUGAAGGCUAUUCCGAGAACGAAAUCAUCAAGGUGAAGCUGUCAUCGCCUGAAAUGCGUCCUUACGAAGGAGGGAUGACAGCCACGGCGACAGGAGUGCUAGAGUAUUGUAUCGGAGGCAUCAACUUAGUCAGUGGUGGCUCGGGUUAUGCCGUCGAAAAGCCAAUCCAGGUCUAUAUUGAGCCACCUCCACUUACAGCUCGUGUGAACAUGAACGACCCACUCACAGCACGAAUGAUUCCAAUGGAUCAGAUCUUACCUGCAACAACUAUUCCGUCCAAAGAAAUGAAACGAAAAAUGCCAGACAUUAGUGACCCUUCUUCUGCGACGGCUGUCAUCCAAAGAUUGGCGUUGAACGACGGCCAAGGCGGAGGAGGUGGAUGUGUGGGCCGUGCUUGCUAUGAUAGAGGUGUCGAGGUGGUUGCUUUCGCUAGCAAACCUCGGAACACAGAUUUGGGAAGGAAGGACAAAAUGGACCCAAGUAUCCUUGAAGUCAACAACAACGCUGACGGUGGCGGCGGUGAUCUGAUCAGUGGAUCCACCAGUGGACCAGGGAACUUUCCACUGCUUCCAAAGCUUGGCUCCGUUUCGUCGUCGACUCAGUUGCUUUCCUUGCUGCCCGAAGGGAUCGGAUUGCAGUUCGAUAGGGACGCAAAGAGGUACAUCGUGCGAGCCACACCAGAGGUUCUCGAUAAACUACCAGCUGGAUUGUUUGAUGGAUCGGCAAAUAAGCCAUUGGAUCCUGAGUUUGGACCUCGCGGGCGUUCCCCCAUCGAGCGGGAAAGAAAAUUGGGAAUUGACACCUAUUUGAGGUUUGUGGCGUCAGGUGCAAUCUGCUGUUCUGCGGUUCAUUUGGCUUUAACGCCCAUCGACGUCGUGAAGACGAAAGUGCAGACAAACCCAGCUGAAUACCCCGGUGUGAUCACGGCCUUCCAGAAGGUCCUGAAAUCUGGAGGGGCUGGGUCCUUUUUUGUUGGUUGGGCCCCCACCUUUGUUGGCUUCUUCAUUUGGGGCGGAGUUUCGUAUGCUUCGACUGAAUACUUACGACGACUGUUCACUUCGCUUGCGGGCGUCGAAGCUGCCAGCUUUGAAGUGCCAAUUAUUCUCUGUGCAGCAGCAAUAUCAUCGACAAUUGGCUCGUAUAUACUCUGCCCGUUUGAAGCUGUUCGAAUCCGCUCUGUUGCUCUAUCAGGAUCAGGAGGAAAAGCAAAGAAGAGCCCACUAGAGAUUUUGAAUAUAAUGAUAGCGGACGAAGGGCUUGAGUCUCUCUUUUCUGCGAUUCCUGCCUUCUUGGCCAAAGAACUACCAUUCAACAUGGCCAAAUUCACCAUUUUCGAUCUAUCCACUGCCGCCAUGUACGAUGCUUUCCCGGUUGCCCGUGAGGAUUUACAGUUGUCGUUGCUAGUCAGUCUAGCCGGGGGGACACUUGGUGGCGUCGUCGCAGCCAUAGUGUCGAAUCCCGCAGAUGCCACGAUAACUGAGAUGAAAAAGGCAAAGAGCAAACGGAGCCCAAUUGAUACGGCUCGUGCACUGCUGGAUGAAGGAGGCCCGCCGAGGCUUUUUGCUGGAGUGUCCCUCCGUAUUGUUUUCUAUAGUCUGAUCGUAUCAUUGCAGUUCUUGGUGUACGACAGCGUCCGCUUCGCCCUUGGUAUAGGUGCCGACGAUCUCAAGCUAUAUUUGGAUGUAUUAGGCGGAGCACUCAGUGAAACUGGUGGUCCAGUCUGAGCAAUCGCUCUCUUUCAUGGACAUAGAUUUGGCUGCAAGCUAAUGUACAAAAUAGACUAAAUCCUAGGAUGCGGCUGCACAUUGCACAA